CACCCCACCCGGCUCGUAGAGACGAAGAUGGCGAUGCGGCGAAUGAUGACGGAAACGGCCUCGGCGGAAAAAGAGGAGGAGGAGGAGGAGGAGGAGGAGGAAGAGGUCCGGUCGGAGCUUGCAGCGGGGCAGUGGUGACGAUGGGAGAGGAGUUUACUCCAUUUUGUGCUGGAUUUUCAUUGUGAUCUCGGUAUUGUUGCUAGCUGUUUUGUAUACAGGCCAUCCCCAGGUCUUUUGCAUACUUAACAAUUAAAGAUAGGUUGCCACAGAUACUCACUAAGGCCAUUGAUACAGUGCAUCGGCAUACGGAUACAUUUUUUGCACAACAUGGACAGGAAGGUGUUGAGGCAGAAAAAAGAGCCAUCGGUCUCAUGUCUAAGUUACGAAAUGAGCUGCAAACUGACAAGCCAGCACUACCUCUUACAGAUGGAUUACCAGAUGUUCCCCAAUGGAAUAAAUACCUAAAACAGCAACAGGCUCGACUGGGCUCUGAAGAAAAUGCCAGUUGGUUUAAAGCGCCCUGGUUGUAUAUGGAGUGUUACAUGUACCGUAGGAUCCAUGAAGCACUGCAGCUCAAUCCUCCCAUAUGUGAUUUUGAUGUAUUUAAUGAAGCAAAGACCCAAGGUUUCCUGGAGUCACAGCAAGCUAUUAAUGCUAUCUCUACCCACCUACAGGAAAUAAAUGAGAAAGUAAAAGGCUUUAAUGAAACCCAACUCAAAGCUGAGCUACUGCGGCUCUUGCAGGUUGCACUGUGGGGAAACAGAUGUGACCUUUCUAUUUCUGCUGGUGUGGCCAACUCUCAGAAAUUCAAUCCAUUGACUGCUCUUGAAUCUUUGAAGCCUUUCAUUUUGAUAGAUGACUUUGAAUUUGUUUGGAGCCACCUCAUUAAUAAUAAGAAAAAGAAAACCUCAGAAACAGCUCACACCCGAAUAGAUAUUGUCCUUGACAACUCUGGAUUUGAACUGGUGGCUGAUUUGGUUCUGGCAGAUUUUCUCAUCACCUCUCAACUUACUGAUGAAGUCCACUUUCAUGGGAAGAGCAUACCUUGGUUUGUUUCUGAUACAACCAAGAAAGAUUUUGACUGGACAUUGAAGCAGAUGAAGACAUCCAGCCACCCACAGAUGUCCAGGUGCGCUGUUGCAUGGGAAAAGAAUGUGACAAAAGGUGUUUGGAUUUAUCAGGACCACCCAUUCUGGACCCUCCCCCAUGAGUUUUGUGAUAUGUCCCUGGUUGCAAAUGAUCUGUAUGCUGAACUGCAGAAGUCAAACUUGAUAUUCUUUAAGGGAGACUUGAAUUAUCGGAAGCUAACAGGAGACAGGAAGUGGAGCUACACAGCUCCGUUCGAAACUGUUCUGCGUGGGUUUCAGCCAGCACCGCUGUGUAGCUUGCGGACUCUAAAAGCUGACGUUCAGGUUGGCUUAAAGCCCGGACUAGGUGAGCAGCUGGCAGGCUCUGAUCCUGACUGGAUGACCAGUGGGCACUACGCCAUUAUUCAGUUCAGCAACCCAUUUGGGAAAUAAGUGUUACAUGGUGUAUCUCCAAGUCCAUCUGGCUGGAUUGUGGGAGUCCUUCGUAACAAUAUGCUGUUUUAUUGUUUACAAUAUACUUACUGAUCUUAAGCAUGUUUGGUUUGAGCUUCCUAUAACUUAAUGUUUUAAUGGGAAAUAAUCUUGGGAAUAUUUCUUGUAAAAUGCACCAAAAAUGAAUAUGCAGAAAUGCAUUUAUAAAUCUUUAUGUACAUGUCAAAUGUUGCACAGAUGUUGAUACAAUAGGAUUAAAAAUGGAUCACUGAAAUGUCAAUUACCAGUUGCUUAAAAUACAAAAUACACGUUCGUUCAUGAUUAAAGUGGUUACCGGAGUUGAUGUGACAUGGUGCUUUCAAUUAACUUAUUUUAUCAGGUGUAGCAGCAACAUAUGAAUUUUACAAAUAGAAUUGGAGUAAGAUCUAUACCAGUUGUUUUCUCUAUAAAUAGGGAAACUAGCAAGAAUCACCUAAGCUUUAAGACGGAAGAAUUGUAUGGGGUAGCUUAAACCAAUCCAGACUGUGCAAAACCAAAUCAGUCAGAUUGUUUGCAUAUUCUACACACUUUAAUUUUAUUUUCCAUGAACUUCAACUUAAGUUGGGUGAUGUGUAACAUGAGUGCUUUAUCUGAUCAUGUUAUUUUUUGCCAGAUAUAUUGAAAUUGCCCUCUGACACACUCUGGUCUGAGAAUUAUUUGGGCCUUUGCUUGCUUCUUAAUAUUAAGUUAACGUGAUUG